AGGGAGCAGAGGAUUGUUCCCCAUCAUCAAGUGUGACUGCAUCUCUGUGGAAGAGCGGGGAGGGAGAAGAUGUAAGCAGCGGCAGUGCGCGUCUUGCCGGGGCUGCAACAUGCAGAAGGGCAUGCGGCUCAAUGAUGGCCAUGUCACCUAUCUGGCACUGCUGGCCAAGAAGGACGGAACCAGGCGGGGAUGCCUGAGCAAGAAGAGCUCAGACAACACCAAAUGGCACUCCAAGUGGUUCUGCUUGCUGCAGAACAUGCUCUUCUAUUUUGAAAACGACUCCAGCUCGCGCCCCUCUGGACUCUACUUGCUGGAGGGCUGCGUUUGCGACAGAGCACCCUCGCCUAAACCCCCUGUCUCUGCCAAGGAAUGCCUGGAGAAGCAGUAUUACUUCACUGUCACGUUCAAUCACGACAACCAGAAAGCUUUAGAGCUGCGUACAGAAGAUGUCAAGGACUGUGACGAGUGGGUCGCCGCCAUCACACAAGCAAGUUACAGGAACUUGGCUACAGAGCAUGAGACCCUCAUGCAGAAGUAUCUGCAUCUACUACAAAUAGUGGAGACGGAGAAAACGGUUGCCAAGCAACUUCGACAACAGAUCGAGGAUGGGGAAAUUGAGAUAGAGCGGCUAAAAUCAGAGAUCGCAGGGCUGCUGAAGGACAAUGAGAAGAUCCAGUCCAAUCCAGAAGUACCGCCCAGUGAUGAUGACACAGAAAUCAAGAAAAUAAAAAAGGUCCAAAGUUUCCUACGAGGCUGGAUUUGCCGCAGGAAGUGGAAAACCAUCAUCCAAGAUUACAUCCGUUCACCCCAUGCGGAAAGCAUGAGGAAGAGGAACCAGGUGGUGUUUAGCAUGCUGGAGGCCGAAGCGGAAUACGUCCAGCAACUGCACAUCCUGGUCAACAACUUUCUGCGGCCUCUACGCAUGGCCGCCAGCUCCAAGAAGCCACCCAUCACCCACGAUGAUGUCAGCAGCAUCUUCCUCAACAGCGAGACUAUCAUGUUCCUCCACCAAAUCUUCUACCAGGGCCUGAAGGCCAGGAUAGCCAGCUGGCCAACCCUGGUGCUGGCUGACCUCUUUGACAUUUUGCUGCCCAUGUUAAACAUCUACCAAGAAUUUGUGCGGAACCACCAGUACAGCCUGCAAAUCUUGGCCCACUGCAAACAGAACAGAGACUUUGACAAGCUGCUGAAGCAGUACGAGGCCAAGCCUGAUUGUGAAGAAAGGACGCUGGAGACAUUCCUCACUUACCCCAUGUUUCAGAUCCCUCGUUAUAUCCUGACCCUACACGAAUUACUGGCUCACACUCCUCAUGAGCAUGUGGAGAGAAAUAGCUUGGAUUACGCCAAAUCGAAACUCGAGGAACUUUCGAGAAUAAUGCACGAUGAGGUGAGUGAGACAGAGAACAUCAGAAAAAAUCUGGCUAUUGAGCGAAUGAUUGUCGAGGGCUGUGAAGUGCUGCUGGAUACCAGCCAGACAUUUGUAAGACAAGGUUCUCUGAUACAGGUGCCAAUGAGCGAGAAGGGCAAGAUAACCAGAGGCCGUCUGGGUUCUUUGUCUCUGAAGAAGGAAGGCGAGCGCCAGUGCUUCCUCUUUUCCAAACAUCUCAUCAUCUGCACUCGAGGCUCGGGGGGGAAACUGCACAUCACAAAGAAUGGUGUAGUGUCUCUCAUUGACUGCACACUGAUGGAAGAGACUGAGGGUGCCGAUGAUGAGCCCAAAGUGGAGCGUAGUGGCCAGGACACAGAGCACCUGGACUUUAAAGUGAUCGUGGAGCCAAAAGAUGGGCAGCCUUACACGGUCAUCCUGGUGGCUUCAUCCCGACAAGAGAAGUCUGCGUGGACAAGUGAUAUCAGCCAGUGCAUUGACAACAUCCGAUGCAAUGGUCUGAUGAUGAAUGCAUUCGAGGAAAACAGUAAAGUCACUGUGCCGCAGAUGAUUAAAUCCGACACCAGCUUAUACUGCGACGAUGUCGACAUCCGCUUCAGCAAGAUGAUGAACUCCUGCAAGGUGCUCCAGAUCCGCUACGCUAGCGUGGAGCGCCUGCUUGAGCGGCUGACUGACUUGCGCUUCCUCUCCAUUGACUUCCUGAACACCUUCCUCCACUCUUACCGGGUUUUCACGAGUGCGACGGUCGUGCUGGACAAACUAAUCACCAUCUACAAGAAGCCAAUCAGCGCCAUCCCUGCACGUGCUUUAGAGCUGUUCUUCGCCAGCAGCCAGAACAACAAACUCCUCUACGGCGAGCCGCCCACGUCGCCACGUGCCAGUCGCAAGUUCUCCUCCCCUCCUCCGCUCUCCAUCACCAAGACGUCGUCGCCCAAUCGCCGCCGCAAGCUCUCACUCAACAUUCCGAUCAUUACUGGGGGCAAAGCUCUGGACCUGGCUGCACUCAGUUGUUCCCCAAAUGGCUAUGCAAGCAUGCACACCGCCAUGUCCCCCUUCAGUAAGGCCACCCUGGACAUCAACAAGCUGUAUGUGUCCAGCACCAUGGCCAGCAAGAUCCCAGAUGACGGGGAAGCCAAAGCAGAGACUAAGGCUGAUGAAACUGUCGCCAACAAGCAAGAUCUGUCAGUGAGAGAAGAAUGUGACGAAGAGCCAAGUCAGAGUGACGAGGCUGAAGUAGAGAUGUCUCCUCCCAAGUCGCCAUCGACACCCAAGAACGUCAAGUCGAAAAACAAUGAGUUCUCGCUGUUCUCCUUCAACAAUAGCAUGGUGGUGUCAUCUUGCCGAGAGAUGGACAAUAGCCGCAGUGCCCUUUCGGCGGCCUCGGCCUUCGCCAUUGCCACAGCCGGCGCCAACGAGGGCACCCCAACCAAGGAGAAAUACCGCCGCAUGUCCCUCGCUAGCACAGGCUUUCCUACUGAUCAGAGGAACGGCGACAAAGAGUUUGUCAUCAGAAGAGCCGCCACAAACCGAGUGCUGAAUGUUCUGCGCCACUGGGUUUCCAAACACUCCCAAGACUUUGAGCUGAAUUCAGAACUGAAGCUGAGGGUGAUUGGCUUUCUUGAAGAGGUGAUGCAUGACCCAGAGCUCCUGACACAGGAGAGAAAGGCUGCUGCUAACAUUAUCAGGACUCUCACACAGGAGGACCCUGGAGACAACCAGCUCACCUUGGAGGAAAUCGCUCACAUGGCGAUGGAGGAAUGCAGGAAUGAGCCGUUUGAGAACCACUCUGCCUUGGAGAUAGCUGAGCAGCUCACUCUGCUAGAUCACCUGGUCUUCAAGGUGAUACCGUAUGAGGAGUUCUUUGGUCAAGGCUGGAUGAAAAAUGACAAGAACGACAGAACUCCAUACAUCAUGAAGACGACCAAGCAUUUCAACGACAUCAGCAACAGGAUCGCCACAGAGAUCUUGCAAUGGGAUGACGUCAACAUGCGCGUGGCGGUCAUCGAGAAGUGGGUGGCGGCGGCCGACAUCUGCCGCUGCCUCCACAACUACAACGCCGUGCUGGAGAUAACAUCUUCGCUCAACCGCAGUUCCAUCUUCCGCCUCAAGAGGACCUGGCUUAAAAUCUCCAAGCAGACUAAGACUGUGGUUGACAAGUUACAGAAGUUAGUAUCGUCCGAGGGUCGCUUCAAGAACCUGAGAGAAGCUCUGAAGAAUUGUGAUCCGCCCUGUGUUCCCUACCUGGGCAUGUAUCUCACUGACCUGGCCUUCAUUGAGGAGGGAACGCCCAACUACACCGAGGACAACUUGGUUAACUUUUCCAAAAUGAGAAUGAUAUCUCACAUAAUCCGGGAGAUUCGUCAGUUCCAGCAAACGGCUUACAAGAUCGACUCUCAACCAAAGGUGGCAAGGUACUUGUUGGACAACAGCUCUGUGCUGGACGAGGAGAGUCUGUACGAAGCAUCGCUCAGAAUCGAACCCAAAACAUCAUCAUGAAGCGGCUGGCUUAAUUUCCGUAUGAUGCGUACAGAAUCAUUAUGUUCUGUUUGAAUGUGCAUACACUAUUAUUUGUAUUAGACGACAUAGGCUGUGUACAUUGUCCUCUAAGACUUGGGUCAAUUGGAGACUGAAUCCCACCGAGGUUUUAUUUAUAUAGUUUACAGGGUAUAUGCUAUUUAUGGUGUUAAAACACACUUAUAUGAUUAUUUUCAAGCUGAGAUGAGAGAGUAUCACAUAUUUUAAAGGGAUUGUGCAUUAUAUAAAAAGCCUCUCAAUGAAGAGAGCGCAUUUCAACACUAACUUCCACAAAUAUUUAGACUGUGUAAGCAUGCAGUCGGUCGCCUUUAAAGUCCCCGUGUGAAUGUUUUGCCUUAAAAGUACAGCGGCCUUUAGUGUCCUGAAGUGUUCAUUAAACACUCACUACUAUACUGUACUAUAUACUAAUUUGAUAAUUGCAUGAUCCUUUAUUUAGAGUUCAUUUCAAUUGAGCACAGACAUGUCAGACACAGUACCUCAAACACUGACCUCCACUCUAAAAGACACAGUUGCCCAAUUAAUUACCAGCUAUAGUCUACUUGAAUAUUGUAUUUUCUCGGAUAGUGCCUACUUUACUCCCCUUCUUACAACAAAUUAAUUCCUCUCCCUAAAUAAAUGCUUCCCAUUUCCCAUUAUGGACAAAAGUUAUUACAUCUGUUAUUACUUCAGUUCUUUUUCACACCGUUUAAACACUUUUGCUAACCAAAAGAGCAGCACCUAUGGAGCCACAUAAACAAUAUCUGUGUGGAGUCAUUACACAUGUUGUGAAGGAGUUACUUUGGCAGUAUUAAAUACCUGUAUUAAUGCACUUGUGUGUGUGUGGCCACAAACCAUGGUGGUUAUGUCCCAUGGAGAUGUGGGCCUUAAUAGUACUGCCCAGUCUACUUCUGUUGUGGCCAUUUUUUCUGCAUUUACACUUAAUAGUUAUUUUUUUAAAAUCGAUUAUGGCUCUCAAUUGUUUUCGGGCGUAGCUGCGUUAAAUAAAUACCCGCAAUGUAGGAAUUAUUAAUUAUAAAUCAAGUAUUUUCAUAAAUACAGCAUAGAAACCUGUUUAUGACCUUCUAAAUGUGUUUUACCAUUAAAAGAGCCCUCUGGACACAGAAUAAUACCAUUUAGUAAGGGUGUCAAGAACAUUUAUUUUCAAAUUAAUCACAAUUCUCAUUUGGAACGAUUCUUAAUUGAUUAAAAAAAAUCUAUUUACCGUAUUUUUCGGAUUAUAAAUCGCACCGGCCGAAAAUGCAUAAUAAAGAAGGAAAAAACAUAUAUAAGUCGCACCAGAGUAUAAGUCGCAUUUUUUGGGGAAAUGUAUUUGAUAAAAUCCAACACCAAGAAUAAACAUUUGAAAGGCAAUUUAAAAUAAAUAAAGAAUAGUGGUCCUCGUUGCACGUCCCACUGGGAGGAGACCCCGCGGCAGGCCAAGGACUAGAUGGGGGGAUUACAUCUCCUCUCUGGCCUGGGAACGCUUCGGGAUUCCCCAGGAGGAAGUCACUAAUGUUGCUCUGGAGAGGGAAGUCUGGGGGUCUCUGCUGGAGCUGUUGUCCCCGCGACCCGAUUCUGGAUAAGCGGUUGAAGAUGGAUGGAUGGAAAGAAUAGUGAACAAAAGGCUGAAUAAGUGUACGUUAUAUGACGCAUAAAUAACCAACUGAGAGCGUGCCUGGUAUGUUAACGUAACAUAUUAUGGUAAGAGUCAUUCAAAUAACUAUAACAUGCUACACGUUUACCAAACAAUCUGUCACUCCUAAUCGCUAAAUCCGUUGACGUGUGUGUGUGACGAUAGCUGAUAUACGCCGAGUCUCUUACGUGAAUGAGAUACAUAAUAUUAUUUGAUAUUUUACGGUAAUGUGUUAAUAAUUUCACACAUAAGUCGCUCCAGAGUAUAAAUCGCACUCCCGGCCAAACUAUGAAAAAAACUGCGAUUUAUAAUCCGAAAAAUACAGUAUUUUAUUUUUUAUCUUUUUUCUUUAUUUUUUUAUCUGUCCUGUCCAGCCACUCAGCAAAAUCAUAUUGUUGAUGUAGAUGCCCAUAUCUGCUGUCCAGAUUUACUUUAGAAGAGGAAGUGUGGGAUACUUCUCUUGUUGCCUUAUUUGUAUUUGACUUUAUUAAACGUUUGGGUAGCAUUUUGUUAAACAAAAACAAAACCAAUUUUCUUUUAAGUAAUUUAGACAUGUAUCAUAGCUGUGUAUCUAUUUUAUGGAGAAGUGUAGUUAAUCUUACAACUGGCACCCAAUGUAAACAAAAAGUAUUGAUUUUGAAUCUAGAAUAGUUGUGAAUCGAGAAUCGAUUCUGAAUCAAAUCGUUACCCCCAAGAAUAAAAUUGAAUCGUGUGGCGCCUAAAGAUGCACAACCCUACCAUUUAGUCACCUUUACACUCUUUUAAUCCAAUAUGGUAAUGCUGCCUGAGGCUGAGCCAAUCCGUAGCCACGAUACUCAACAGCAUGCUCGGAUAGGUUUGGUCUCCUCUCUCUAGUGGCCAAUACUACUGUAGUAUUGAUAUUUUUAUUUAUCCAUUGUUAUGCUUGAAAAAACCUAAUUUAGGACAUCUUAAAUAGUUAUAUUAAGUAUUAUUAAGUAUAUAUUUUAACGUACACUUGAAAAAACCUAAUUUAGGACA